UUUGUGACGGUUGGACGUGUCGUGGAGUGGCGGGUCUGAGAAAUCGCACGAGCACGUAUGACAGAAGCGGCACGUGCUUACGGCUACGCUACGUACGAGUGUACGUACCGUGUCAGUUCACGUACAGUGAAAAUCCAGUGACAGAAGAGAUAGUCGCAUCGUACUGUAAUUGUGGACGUAAUAGUUGAAAAGUUGCCGGCUUCGGUUUCUACGUUUCAGCUGAGAUGCGGUCGCCUGCAUUUUUGAAAAACGUCGAAUGUUAGAGUUCGUCGUUCCAUACCGAAUGGGCAGAUGUGAGAACAGCUCAAAGGCGUGAAUAUUCAUGGUGUGAGGUUAUGGGGGGAUCGAAUACCUGACAGAUACUCUUCCACUCGAGAUCCCUUUUACGCGGCUGAGAAAGAAGGUGAGUCGAUAAAUCGGCGAAAUCGCGGCGAAGCGGAAGCAAUACAGGCCGAAUAGCUUUUCCCCCGAUCGUCUACACGGUCCAAAAAUCGUUUAGCUCGCCGAUUUCCAGACCGUUGCCGAAGCCGCCGAUCGUCGUCAAUUACAUCGUCGGCGGUGGAGGAAGUUCGUAAAAGUGUUGCUUGUAUAAGAAGAAGAGGACGUGUCGAAGGGAAAAAUGGCGCACGAAAGAGGCAUAAACGGCGAUACCGAUUCCGAGACGGUGGAGUUGAAUCCACUGAGAAGGACCAGGUUCCACGUGAAUAGAGUGGACAGUCUGGAAGGUCGUGCCAGUCUUCUUGGCGAACAAGAAACGAGAAAGUCUCUCAGGCACAUGACGAGGGAAGCACUCCCUAGGCUGGAUAAUUAUAGAAACAUUAUGAGUAUCCAAGCUGCUCAUAGACCGUCUUUGGACGAGCUUCACAAUCCCACUCUGCUUAACAAGAGCUCAGGAUCGCAUACGUUGCCGAUAGCGCACGUGAAGCCGACUUCCGGUAUCAAAUUCGGAUGGAUUCAAGGAGUCUUGUUGAGAUGUCUUCUCAAUAUUUGGGGGGUGAUGCUGUUUCUACGACUCUCUUGGGUCGUAGCACAAGCUGGCAUAGGGGAAGCUAUUUUAUUGAUUUUAACAACGACAGCUGUGACCACGAUAACAUCAUUGUCGAUGUCGGCGAUUAGCACAAAUGGGCUCAUUAAAGGAGGUGGCACCUAUUACAUGAUUUCCAGAUCACUCGGACCGGAAUUCGGUGGAUCUAUAGGACUUAUAUUUUCUUUGGCAAACGCAGUCGCCUGUUCGAUGUACGUUGUUGGAUUUUGCGAAAGCAUGGUCGACUGUUUGAAGGCAAAUGGGAUUUGUAUCGUUGAUUGUGACAAUACGGACAUCAGAAUUAUUGGCUGUAUCACGAUAGUUUUGUUACUCUUGAUCGUUAUGAUCGGCUUGGAAUGGGAGGCAAAGGCUCAGAUUGGUUUGCUGGUUAUUUUACUCUUCGCCAUCGCCGAUUUCAUGAUUGGCACAUUUAUUGGGCCUAAAGAUGAUCAGGAACGAGCUAAAGGUUUCAUAGGAUACAACGGUGAUCUGUUCAAAGAGAACUUUCAUUCAGACUACAGAUACAGCGAGGGGGUGGAGCAUAAUUUUUUUUCAGUCUUGGCUAUUUUCUUCCCUGCGGCUACAGGUAUCCUGGCAGGUGCGAAUAUAUCCGGUGAUUUGAAGGAUCCACAAACAGCUAUUCCCAAAGGGACACUGUUGGCUAUUCUUUUAACAACUACGUCUUACAUAUUUAUGGCGUUUAUGGUGGGGGGCGCAGUUGUGAGAGACGCAUCUGGCGAUGUUAACGAUCUGUGGAACAUUUUCAAUAGUUCAUAUACCAGCUUAUCGAGCUUAAACAUGACUAACGAAACAACCAAGUCCUCAAUUGCUACUGUAAACACCAGCGAAAUAGUAUGGAGCAUGUAUGGCACGAAAUUUAAUUGUACAGGGAAUUGUCCCUAUGGUAGCCACAAUAGUUUUCAGGUGAUUGAAUUGGUUUCUGCGUUUGGACCAUUUAUUUAUGCUGGAUGCUUUGCAGCUACUUUAUCAAGUGCCUUAGCAUCACUUGUUUCCGCACCUAAAGUAUUUCAGGCACUCUGUCUUGAUAAAUUGUAUCCUGGAAUAGAAUGGUUCAGCGGUGACAAAAAUAAAGAACCAAUUCGCGGUUACUUUCUCACAUUUAUAAUCGCUGUUGGUUUCAUUUUAAUCGGAGAAUUGAAUGCCAUUGCUCCCUUGAUCUCAAAUUUCUUUCUAGCUGCCUAUACUCUCAUUAACUUUAGCACGUUUCAUGCUUCGUUGGCUAAACCAAUCGGUUGGAGACCAACGUUUAAGUAUUACAAUAUGUGGCUAAGUCUUGCUGGUUCUAUUCUCUGUGUUUCUGUGAUGUUCUUGAUCUCAUGGUGGACAGCAUUAAUCACAUUAUCUGUAGUUUUAGCGCUUUAUUUAGUAGUCUCGUACAGAAAGCCAGAUGUAAAUUGGGGUUCUACGACACAAGCUCAAACAUACAAUAAUGCCUUAAAUGCUGUCCAACAAUUAGAUAGAGUUGAAGAACAUGUUAAAAACUACAGACCUCAAUUAUUGGUACUCAGUGGCAUUCCAAAUGCAAGAUCAGCACUUAUUGAUUUUGCACAUCAUAUUACUAAAAAUAAUAGCUUAUUUAUUUGUGGUCACAUUAUCGAGACACCAAUAUCAUAUAAAACGCGCAACUCUAUGAUCGCGAACUGCACUUCCUGGCUUAGAGCAAAUAAAAUUAAGGCAUUUUAUUCAUUGGUGGAUGGUGCAAAUUUUCAAGAUGGUACUACUUCUCUUUUGCAAGCCUCUGGCUUGGGAAAAAUGAGGCCCAAUAUUUUGUUGAUGGGCUAUAAACAAAACUGGGCAACUUGUCCUCGAGAAAAUUUGAACAUGUACUUUAAUGUAAUGCACAAAGCUUUGGAUAUGCAUAUAGCAGUAGCACUUCUUCGGAUAAGCGAGGGUUUAGAUUGUAGCACAGUUGUAGGAGAUGCUGAAGAACAAAAAAGAAAUACGCAAACAAUUCCAGGAAAUCAAAGUUUUUCUCAACUUAGCCAAGCUAGUAGCACGUCCGACAUUUCUAUUCCCGGAAGUCCGGCUCCAAGAAGAUCUAAAGUAAUUAAUGAAUAUCCUAAUCCAACUGCGAAGGAUCAACCUGAAAAUCGACAGAAUCUACCUCUAGCGAAAGAUAUACUUAACACCGUAACAAAAUUCCAACGUAAACAAAAAAAGGGUACAAUCGAUGUAUGGUGGUUGUAUGAUGAUGGUGGUUUAACCCUUUUGCUACCUUACAUAAUUAGUACAAGACGUAAUUGGUCUAAUAGUAAACUAAGAGUUUUUGCCCUUGCUAAUAAAAAUUCAGAGCUCGAAUAUGAACAAAGAAACAUGGCAAGUCUUUUGUCGAAAUUCAGAAUAGAUUAUUCCGCAUUGAAAGUGAUACCAGAUAUUUCAAAACCAGCACAAGAUACUACUAAAAAUUUCUUUAAUACUCUAGUAGUAAAUUUCCAAGAAACGGAAAAUACAAAAUCAGAUGAUGGUAUCAUUAAAGAUUCUGAAUUGAUUGCUAUGCAAGAAAAAACAAAUAGGCAUUUACGUUUAAGAGAAUUAUUACUUGAAAAUUCGAUGGAUGCUAAUUUAGUAGUUAUGACAUUGCCAAUGCCUCGUAAAGGUGCUGUAUCAGCACCUCUUUAUAUGGCCUGGCUUGAAACUUUGACACGUGAUAUGCCACCAUUUUUACUUGUCCGAGGCAAUCAUACAUCUGUUUUAACUUUUUACUCUUAAUAAUGAGAAACAAAUAAGAAGACUUAUGCGUUAUGACAUUAAUAAUUAUUAAAAUUAAAGUUUUACUUAAACAUCUUACAUACGCAUACAAAUGAAUUGAUAAAAACGAGAAAUAGAACUGCCGAGGAACAAACAAUAUAAGGCCUUUAUAGACCUGAAAAUGGCACAUGUUUAUAUUCACAUGUGCAUUUACUAAGGAUCAAUUUUUCAAUAUAUUCGAAUACAAUGAAUAGCAAGACUAUAUUAUUUUUUUAAAUAAUACAUUUUCUACGAUAAUUGUUCCUAAAUUUUGAAAUGUUUUCCAUCCAUUAAUUGUAAAAAAGUAACUGCAUCUUUAUAAAUACUUAAAAUAAACAACAUCAUUGUAAAUUGUACAAUCACCAAUAACAUGUUUUACAUGCAUAUUUAAUUACAAUUAUUCAAAAUUUUAAUUAUAUAUAUAUAUAUAUAUAGACAUUAUGGUUGACUUAUUUACUUAAAAAACAAUUGACAAUCGUUAUAUUUUAAAUAAUUAUAAGUGAAUAUAAAUUUUUAAAAUAAAAAUUUGAGAAAAAAUACUAGUCCUAGGUUUAGCAUUAAAACUGAAGUAGCAGGAAUUAUACUAUGUUGCUCCUAAUAAAUCAUCGCAAAUGUUUUGUAAUAACAUAUUUAAAAUAAAUCUAUUAAAUUUAUUAAA